CUCUCCGCCGCCGGGCGCUCCGCUCCUCCGCGCCAGCUCGCCCGCCUCCCCCUCCGAGGCCAAACACACCACCGAGCCCAGCCGCGCGCGAGCUCAGCUCAUCACCAGCCUCGUCUCACCCUCGGCGCGCGCCAUCUAUAUAAGCGUCCGCCUCGCUCCGCACUUAAAGCGAACACCAGUGUUAGCUCCGCACCACGCGCGGAGAGGGCAGCAGUGGCGGCGGCUGCGAUUAACGCCAGACAGAUAGGUGGUAGAGGAAGAAAGGGGGAGAGGGGAAGGGCCAGCGAGAGCUAGCUGAGAGGCGAACUGAAGGAGAGGGCAGCCGCAAGUACUGUAUAGCUUGUAGGCAAUGAGGUCGAGGGCGCCGUCGUUGCGGCGGAGCGUGGUUGCGGCGGCCGUAGUGGCGCUGACGGCGGCGUGGUGCGCGGCGGCGCAGCUGAGCCAGAGCUACUACGCGUCGACGUGCCCCAACGUGGACACCCUGGUCCGCGGCGCCGUCACCCAGAAGCUGCAGGAGACCUUCAACGCCGCGCCGGGCACGCUGCGCCUCUUCUUCCACGACUGCUUCGUCAGGGGCUGCGACGCGUCGGUGCUGCUGUCGGGCCCCGACGACGAGCACAGCGCGGGCGCCGACACGACGCUGUCCCCGGACGCGCUGGACCUCAUCACCCGCGCCAAGGCUGCCGUCGACGCCGACCCGCGCUGCGCCAACAAGGUCUCCUGCGCCGACAUCCUCGCGCUCGCCGCCCGCGACGUCGUCUCGCAGACGGGCGGGCCGUACUACCCGGUGGAGCUGGGCCGGCUGGACGGCAAGGUGGGCACGCGCGCCGUGGUGAAGCACAGACUCCCCGGCGCCGGCUUCGACCUCGACCAGCUCAACAAGCUCUUCGCCGCCAACGGCCUCACCCAGACCGACAUGAUCGCGCUCUCAGGUGGGCACACGAUCGGCGUGACGCACUGCGACAAGUUCGUGCGGCGGCUGUACCCGUUCAAGGGCGGCGCCGGCGCCGGCGGCGGCCCGCCGAUGAACCUCUACUUCCUGCGGCAGAUGCGGCAGACGUGCCCGCUCAACUACAGCCCGUCGGCGUUCGCCAUGCUGGACGCCGUGUCGCCCCGCAAGUUCGACAACGGCUACUACCAGACGCUGCAGCAGAUGAAAGGCCUGCUGGCCUCCGACCAGGUGCUCUUCGCCGACCGCCGCUCCCGCGCCACCGUCAACUACUUCGCCGCCAACCAGACCGCCUUCUUCAACGCCUUCGUCGCCGCCAUGGCCAAGCUCGGCCGCGUCGGGGUCAAGACCGGCUCCGACGGCGAGAUCCGCCGGGUCUGCACCAAGGUCAACUAGCUACUACCUACCUGCAGCUGGAUCGAUCUGCACCGCCGUACAUUUCUGGCUAUACUAGAAAGGUUGUCUGAGAAGAAUGCCCACCAUGUCCAUGUCAUGCAGAGUCUCAAGAGUCCAUGAUCACAGUCACAGUGUAUUAAUUCGUUAAUCCGCCGAUUCUUUCCUUGAUUGUGUAUGUAGUAAAAAUCAUGUAACAAGAAGAGGUAGCCCCAUACAGUACGGUCUUAGGAUAAAUAUUUUCAGCUCAUGGCCUACCCACCAUGUGAAUGUGAUAGGAAAAGAAGGUACUACUAUACUUACCACAUCGAUGUAAAUGCCACAAUUGGUCCGGUUAGUUGAUCAAGUAUAUGCCCACCUUCCUUUUUGACA